AUGGCUACUGAGGCGAACUCGGUCCCGCAUCCCACCGUCAUCUCGGUUGACCCGUUCAUACCGGCAGAGAAGCAGAAGGGCCUACACAACCGCUGGCACCCCGAUAUCCCUCCCUUUGCAACCGUCAAACCCGGUCAAGUCUUCAGUGUCGAAUGUGUCGACUGGACAGGCGCACAGAUCGGGAACAACGACAACAGCGACGACAUCAAGAACGUCGAUCUAACCAAGAUCCACAACCUCUCCGGCCCGAUCGCUGUCGAAGGCGCUCAGCCCGGCGACUGUCUAGUCGUCGACAUUCUCGACGUGCGCCCGUUCGAUAAGAUGCCGUGGGGAUACACCGGCAUCUUCGAGCUCGAGAACGGCGGCGGGCUCUUCGCGAAGGAGUUCAACUCCCGCGCGGCAAAGGCCAUAUGGGACUUUGAAGGUGUAUACGCGACAUCGCGACACAUCCCGGGCGUACGCUUCGCCGGCGUAUCGCACCCGGGUUUGAUUGGGACGGCGCCGUCUGCGGAGUUGUUGGCGACGUGGAAUAAGAGAGAGGGAGAGCUCAUCGCGAAGAAUGAGGGGAGGGUGCCGGCUGUGGCGUUCCCGCCUGAGCCGAUAGGCGCGUAUGUGGGACAGGAUCUGCCGGAGGAGGUUAGAGAGAAGAUUGCGAGGGAGGGCGCGAGGACUGUUCCGGGUAGAGAGCAUGGUGGGAACUGCGAUAUCAAGAACUUGUCGCGCGGUUCGAGGUGCUACUUCCCCGUCUUCGUUGAGGGCGCGAACCUCUCCGUCGGAGAUCUGCACUUCUCGCAAGGAGACGGCGAGAUGUCGUUCUGCGGUGCCAUCGAGAUGGCGGGUAUUAUCCAGUUCAAGACGAGCAUCAUUAAGAACGGCGUAGAGAAGUUCGGGCUGAGACAGCCGAUCUUCCUUCCGUCUCCCAUCGACCCGGUGUACUCGCAGAAGCUCGUGUUCGAGGGGCUUUCUGUUGAUCUGCAUGGGGAUGGGAAGCAGUAUGAUAUGGAUGCGACGGUUGCGUAUAAGCAGGCUGCGUUGAACUGCAUCGAUUAUCUGAUGAAGCUUGGAUACACUCGCGAGCAAGCGUAUCUUCUACUCUCCGCCGCUCCAGUCGACAGCCACGUCGGCGCCGUCGUCGACUCUCCGAACGCAUGCGUCACGUUGGCGCUCCCUGUCGGAAUCUUUGACUUCGAUAUCCUCCCUCGUGACGAGGGUUUAGUUAAGCAUGACCUUGGUCAGGCUGCUAUUAGGUCGGAUGGGGUACUAUAG